UGGGCCUGAGCCAAACGUAGUAUGACGUCAUGACCUUAGUCAAAGGAUCAAAGGACCUACACAUUCCGAGAAAUCCCUUAUGUAAAGGGCCGCCUGCAUUCUGGACACACAUUAAGCAGAGACAAUCGAGCGAUUCACAACGAAUUUUCUUCUUCUGCAGACAAAACCAUUACAAUUAAAAUGUUACAUUUUGAUGUAAUUUUUUUUAAAAUCAACAUGCUGACCUCACUGAUCCAAUCCAAAAGGGAGUUGCAAUGGGACUGGGUUUUUUCAGGGGCUCGGAAAGAGCCCAGGGACUCUGAACUGGACAUGAAGAGGCUGAAAGAGCAGCUUCAGCAGAAGGACAGUGAAAUCGUGAAUGUACAACAGGAGAACAAGAUUCUGUUUGCAUGCCUUCACGAAGCUGAAGCUCUGUGGAAAGAGGCAAACGAGGAAAUCCUGAACCUGAAACAGGAGAACGAGACUCUGUCCGCCAAAGUUACAGGCCUUCAGAACGCCGAGGCUCUGUGGAAAGAGGCAAACGAGGAAAUCCUGAACCUGAAACAGGAGAACGAGACUCUGUCCGCCAAAGUCAAAUGCCUUCAGAACGCCGAGGCUCUGUGGAAUAAAGGAAAACAGGUAAUCCUGGACCUAGAACAGGAGAACAAUAUUCUGUUGGACGACUUUGUAGAGCUUCAGACAGACAAGAAUCUGUGGGAUGAGGAAAUCCUGGACCUGAAACAGGAGAACGAGACUCUGUCUGCCAAAGUUACAGGCCUUCAGAACACAGAGGCUCUGUGGAAUGAGGCAAAAGAGGAAAUCCUGGACCUGAAACAGGAGAACGAGACUCUGUCCGCCAAAGUUACAGGCCUUCAGAACGCCGAGGCUCUGUGGAAUGAGGCAAAAGAGGAAAUCCUGAACCUGAAACAGGAGAACGAGACUCUGUCCGCCAAAGUUACAGGCCUUCAGAACGCCGAGGCUCUGUGGAAUGAGGCAAAAGAGGAAAUCCUGGACCUGAAACAGGAGAACGAGACUCUGUCUGCCAAAGUUACAGGCCUUCAGAACACAGAGGCUCUGUGGAAUAAAGGAAAACAGGUAAUCCUGGACCUAGAACAGGAGAGCAAUAUUCUGUUGGACGACUUUGUAGAGCUUCAGACAGACAAGAAUCUGUGGGAUGAGGAAAUCCUGAACCUGAAACAGGAGAACGAGACUCUGUCCGCCAAAGUUACAGGCCUUCAGAACACAGAGGCUCUGUGGAAUGAGGCAAAAGAGGAAAUCCUGAACCUGAAACAAGAGAACGAGACUCUGUCCGCCAAAGUUACAGGCCUUCAGAACACAGAGGCUCUGUGGAAUGAGGCAAAAGAGGAAAUCCUGAACCUGAAACAGGAGAACGAGACUCUGUCCGCCAAAGUUACAGGCCUUCAGAACACAGAGGCUCUGUGGAAUGAGGCAAAAGAGGAAAUCCUUAACCUGAAACAGGAGAACGAGACUCUGUCCGCCAAAGUUACAGGCCUUCAGAACACAGAGGCUCUGUGGAAUGAGGCAAAAGAGGAAAUCCUGAACCUGAAACAAGAGAACGAGACUCUGUCCGCCAAAGUUACACGCCUUCAGAACGCCAAGGCUCUGUGGAAUGCAGCAGCACACAGAGACAAAGAAAAGAAAAAAUUAAAUGAAGAAAAACAUCUGGAGGAGGGAAAGAAAGGUCUGCAUGGACAGUAUCAGGAAUGUCAGAAUGUAAGUCAGGCAUUGCAAGAACUGACAGAAGUGCAGAAAGACAUUCAGGGGGAAAAGACUGACACAGCAGAGCUCAUAAAGACACAACAAGAGACAAUGAACCUGCUGGAAGUGCUGAAUUUGCAGUUCGGACAAUCAGACAUAGAUAAAGAUAGUAAUGAAAUAAAGAAGCUCCUAAAACAGAAAGUUAAAAUCGAAAAAAAACUGCUGAAAGCCAGAGAGAAAGAAUUAUACAAGCAGGUGAAAAAACAAUUAGAGGAAGAAAAAAAACGGCAGAAAAUUCGAGAGAAAGAAGCAAAAAAAGAGCAGAAAAGACGGGAAAAAGAGGCAAAGAAGCUGAAAAUGCAGGAACAGAAUGAGAACCGACGACGUGGCAUCUGCUCGUGGUUCUGCUGCUCAGGUCCGCCUGAGGAUUAAGCCUCCUCCUCCUCCUUAUUCUCUGCACUCUCCCUCUCUCCCCUCCUCUCUAUCUUUCCUUUCACCCCAGCCGGUCUCAGCAGAUGGCCGCCCCUCCCUGAGCCUGGUUCUGCUGGAGGUUUCCUCCUUUUGGAAGGGAGUUUUUCCUCCCCACUGUCGCCUAGUGCUUGCUCAUAGGGGAUCGUAUUCUGAUUGCUGGGAUCUUAUCUUUCCUCUCUUUUUUCUCUCCUACUCUCCUUCAUUUUUCCCCCUACUUCAGGUGUGUUGAAGCAGAGACACAUCUAAAAGUUGCAGGACACCAGACCUCAAGGCCUGGACUUGAGGAUCCCUGCCCAACCCUGCGGUCUUUUUUUGUAGACCGCAGGGUAAUUUUUGAUCUUAAGUUUGGAGCUGGAGCUAUGUCAGCCCAUAUGUAAAGGAUUACAUAGGAUAUAUGUAUAUAGGAUGUAGAUAAAAGAAUUUUUUUGUCUUUUUCUCACAUUACAUAUAGA